CAGUGCUCGUCGUCGUCAGUAAAAGAAAACUCAGAUGAUACUGGACUGUUUCGGGCAGUAGUGCAUUGGAAGUGUGUCAGAGCGAAACUGAAGUGAUUCCUGCCAGGCAGCAGCGCUAGAAACGGGCGCGAGCGACUUGCUGCCUCUGCCGAUGCGCAUCCAGUGACUUACGCGGCUAGUCGGUUGGAGAAAACAAAAAAAAUAUACUAAACAGAGUGAACGCGGUAUUAUGAGUGUGUUGGUACUAGAACACUACCUAGACCGCGACCUUCGUUCAUAGUUAGCUUUGUAAAUAAACGAGCGAGUGCGCUUAGAAGAUUCGCUAGGUGAAAUGUGUUAGUAGUUCUUACCCUGGAGAGUAUACUAGUUGGCCGUAAAUAAGAUACGAUAAGAUUGUCAACAAUAAGGCACGAUGAUAUGGAAAGCGUUAUAAUCAGAUGAAUGUAGAAAAUUUGAACUUCUACUAGUGCGAUAUUUACCCAUGCUGACUCGGGAUAAACGCGCCACAUUCAUAAUAAUUCAAUGACGAGCAGCUAAUGUUAGCAAACUUGGUUGCAUGUUUUUUUCAACCUCGGUGCUACACAAAUACCUUUAAGUCCAAAGGAUGAUCUAUCCGAAAAGUGCACACACCGGUGGCAAUGACCAUUUGACGGCACCGCCAAGUGUAUCGUCCAACUCGUCUGUGUUGGAUUCAACGCAGAGAAGCAUGUCCACAGCAUCCAACCACAACAGCCGUCAGCCGAGUUUGCAAAGCGGUGGUGAAAAUCAUCAUUCGAAUGCUGAUCAUGGCCAUCACCAGCAGCACCCAGAUGAUGCCAGUAAUGGUGGAUCCGUCGGGAGGAAGCGGAAGUUUUCCUACAAUGAUAAUAGUGAUAUUGAAGAAGAUAUGGGUGAUGAUGCCAAAUCGGUUCGAACAAAUGAUGAGAACAAAAAGCAAAAUCACAGUGAAAUUGAGAAACGUCGACGUGAUAAGAUGAACACCUACAUCACGGAGCUAUCGGCGAUGAUUCCUAUGUGCCAUGCCAUGUCCCGUAAGCUGGACAAAUUAACCGUCUUGCGGAUGGCGGUGCAACAUCUGAAAACGAUCCGCGGUGCGGUGCAUUCGUACACCGAAGGACACUACAAACCAGCCUUCAUCUCGGACCAAGAGCUAAAGAUGCUUAUACUGCAGGCGGCCGAAGGGUUCCUAUUCGUGGUUGGCUGCGAUCGGGGGCGGAUUCUUUACGUCUCGGAAUCGGUUUCGCAGGUUUUGAACUACUCUCAGGGUGAUUUAUUGGGGCAGAGCUGGUUUGAUAUACUUCAUCCCAAGGAUGUGGCUAAAGUGAAGGAACAACUAUCAUCUUCAGAUCUGAGCCCACGAGAGAGGUUGAUCGACGCUAAAACUAUGCUUCCCGUUAAAACGGACGUUUUGCAGGGAGUUUCAAGGCUGUGUCCAGGUGCUAGGCGAUCGUUCUUCUGCAGAAUGAAGUGCAAAACGAGCGUACAGGUGAAGGAAGAAACGGAAGCUAACAGCUCAUCACCCAGUUGUCACCGCAGAAAAAGUAAAGUAAACUCAGACAAAAAGUAUUCAGUCAUCCAAUGUACUGGCUAUCUAAAAUCCUGGGCGCCGGCCAAAAUUGGCCUCGAGGAACACGAAGCCGACGGCGAGGGUGAUACGUGCAAUCUAUCCUGUCUGGUAGCGGUUGGCCGGGUUCAGCCAAGUCUCUUCCAGCACCAGCAACGCUCCGGCAGUGCAAGCCUCAACAACCAACGACCGACGGAUAGUGGGGCGAAUGGUUCCAAUGGUACUGCCGGAGGACCAACCGGCACAAAUGGUGGCAAGAGCUACUGUCGAAAUAAUAUUCCUAAUCUGAGAAAUGAACAAUUCAUAUCACGUCACGCGAUGGACGGGAAGUUCCUAUUCGUGGACCAACGUGCCACACUAGCAUUGGGGUUUCUGCCGCAGGAACUCUUGGGUACCAGUAUGUACGAAUACUAUCACCAUGAAGACAUUCCGGCAUUGGCGGAGUCUCACAAGGCGGCCCUGCAGGGAACGCAGUGCAUUACAACGGCGGUCUAUAAACUAAGGACGAAAGAAAAUGGUUUUGUGCGAUUGCAGAGUGAAUGGAAAUCGUUCCGAAACCCGUGGACCAAAGAUUUUGAGUACUUGAUAGCGAAAAACAAUGUGAUAAUGUCGGAUCUGGCCGUUAGUAGUGGAGGCAACUAUGGUGGGAGUGUGGCGACACAUGGCGGAAAAAGCAGCACCAACAAUACCGAACUGAGUGAAGGAAACAACGAGAGUAAUGGACAAAGUACGGUUGGAUAUGAUUUUUUUAAUCAUUCUAACGGACGUGAAAUACAACGAAUUAUUCACUCGCACGUAGAAGCCAGUAAAAUAGGACGACAAAUAGCGGAGCAAGUAAUGGAUCGUCAACGAAGAAAUGGAAAUUCGUCAACAGAAAGCAGUCCGGAUCCAGCGGAUGUAACUAUUCCUCAGAACUUCCAACCCAUCGCCCAGGAGGUCAGCAAUCUGUCUAGCGAAGCGGUACUGACCGUAGAACGAACUCUAGCUGCAUCCACACGAGUUUCACCGGCAUCAUCAGCGGGUGGCAUUCCUCCCUCCCAGAGGGUUAACGGUACGCUUCCCGGUUACCAGCAUGUGCGAAAUAGCUCUAUCAUCAGUCCAGGACACGAAGCACCGCACACUCAAACUACCAGCACCGAUGGAAACGACGAAGCAGCAAUGGCAGUUAUUAUGAGUCUGCUGGAAGCUGACGCUGGACUUGGGGGUCCGGUCGAUUUUUCUGGAUUGCCCUGGCCACUACCCUAGUGAAUUAAGCAAGGAUUGUCAUAUUACAAAUAAAGCCAACCAACCACGCAUUGAUUCAAAGUUACCAGAUGACGAGAAGAUAAUUUUAUGUGCAAAGUCAGUUAUUUUUUAUUUUAUUAUGUUUAACGUUUUGGAAUAUAAGUGAUUUAUUGAAACUACAAGAGGCUGUUGCAUAUAAUAACUUAUACAUAAGUAACUGUAUUUUUAAUAGGAAAUCUAUUAAACUAUUAAAACCACAAACGAAUGUUCGGUACGAGUAUGAAAAAAACCUUUCGAACUGUAAUGGUCAAUAGAUUUGUUUCGAACUAUGA